ACAAUCCGAAAGGAGUACGAAAAAAGAGUAGAACCAUCUCCUCCUUCCUUCGAGAGAAGAAGCAUGGAAUCCAGCCCAUUCCCACGCCCAACAACGCCCUUCACAACUCCUCUUUUUUCUUCUCGACGAAACCCCAUCUCCCUCUUUCCAAUUCCCCAUACGAAAUCCUCUCUCCAUGCUCGCCUCUUCCCGCCACAACCCGUCUCCGCUCUGAAGAGCCCAAAGGGCUUCGGGCCUUCUCCUAAUAAGACGAGCAAAAAGCAGAAGAAAAGGGGAAAUGAUGGAGGAGGAGGAGAAGAUGAAGAAGAAGAAGGCAAUGACGACUAUGUGAGAAGUGACGGUGGUGAUGAUACGAUACCGGAGGUAGUAACGAACAGGAUGAUGAAGAGAAUGGGGUUUUCGGUGGGGAUUCCAUUGGUGAUCGGGCUCAUGUUCUUCCCUUUCUUUUAUUAUCUGAAGGUGGUGGCAAAGGUGGACAUACCAACGUGGCUCCCAGUCAUAGUGUCGUUCGUCUUCUUUGGGACUGCUCUUUUGGGAGUGAGUUAUGGGAUAGUGUCGUCGAGCUGGGAUCCGUUGAGGGAAGGCUCCAUCUUAGGCUGGAACGAGGCUCAGAAGAAUUGGCCUGUCUUUUGGCAGUCUCUCUGGGGCAGAAAGGGUAACAACUAGUACAGUUCUUCUCUCUCUCUCUUUCUCCAUCUCUCUGUAAUGAUUGUGAAAUAUAAUGAAGUUUUGCUAAGCGAUUCUCUA